CAACAGGCUGGUUUUAAAAGAAGGAGUGUAAAUUGAAUGUGAGAGUAUUUUUGCAAUUCAAACAAUGACGAGACUGAUUUCUCUUUGCAUAUUAUUUGGUUUUGUAACACACUGUUAUGGUACAAAAUGUUUUGAGUGCCAGCAUGUACCAUACCCACGUGACUGCUUGAAGCUGACAGUUUGCAAUCCUGAUGAGGUUUGUUUCACGGAACAAGUUGUAACAGCAAGCAGAAACGUAGCUUUCAAUUCCGGCUGUCUACCAAAAUCACAAUGUCCUUCCGCUUCGAUACCUGUCAUUGGUAAAAGGUCAGCGAACAUUGUUAAUACACGCUCAUCAGACAUCUUAGCAUGUCAGGAAUGCUGUGCCGGUGAUUUCUGCAACAUGAAGGGAUGCGGAACUCACGAAAUUCCCAUUGAGCAACGCGGUCCGUACUGUUACACGUGUGAUGUGCAAAACCCCAAAGAUUGUACCAAUGUUACUGUCUGUGGCAAAAAUGAAAUGUGCAUGUUAUACCAUCCCGUUGAAUUGGGUGGCCGCCCUAGCACUUUGUACAGAGGUCAAUGUGAAACACGGGCGGCAUGUAAUGCAUUAACACAAGCAUUCAGCAAUCCAAUUUGUAAACCUAUAUGCUGUAAUACAGAUUUCUGUAACGAUCGUUGUGGAACUCUCUCAAACAUCACCAUGACAACAUCACAUCCACACACCUCUCAUGCGAAGACCCUUAUAACAGAAAACAAACAGACAGUUACAACGAAGCCAAACUUACAUACCGAUACUACAACUAUGGCAACUCUAUCGUCUACGAAUUCGUACUGCAACAAAGGAAAUUACGUGUAUUUACACAAUGCGCAUGCGCAGCUUUGUAUCCAUGUUGUAAAUGGCCAUAGGCCAGUAUCCUGGGGAGACGCUCGAGCAUUGUGCAAGGCAAAGGGAGAAGAUCUUGCUGUUUUAGAUACUCACGAAAAGGUUUUAUUAGUGGAAGACUUGCUACAAAGUCAUUCUCAAUAUAACCACUCUUUCUACUGGAUAGGAGCAAAAGACUUCAAUAACCAAAACCAUUUCAUCUGGACAGAUGGGCAAACAUUACUAAACACAGAAGCUGAUUGGGAUAGGGGCGAGCCGGAUCAUGUGGUGAACGGCGUCGACCAAGACUGCGUCAGCAUGUAUAAAAAACGUUACGGUAUAAAGUGUUUUGAGUGCCAGCAUGUACCAAACCCACGUGACUGUACAAAGCUAACGAUUUGCAAUUCCGAUGAGGUUUGUUUCACGGAACAAGUUGUAACAGCAAGCAGAAAUGGUUCUUUUAAUUCCGGCUGUCUACCAAAGUCACAAUGUCCUUCCGUUUGGAUUCCUAUCAUUGGUAAAAGGUCGAUGAACAUUGUGAAUACACCCUCAACUAAUACCUUAACAUGUAGAGAAUGCUGUGCCGGAGAUUUCUGUAAUAUGAAGGGAUGCGGAACACAUCACAAACUACACAAGGUGUUAGGUUAUAUUAACCAGUCAAAAGACAGAAAAGAUUUCUGUAACGAUCGUUGUGGACCUCCCUCAAACACCACCAGGACAACAUCACAUCCACACAACUCUGAUGCAAAGACCAUUAUAACAAAUAAACAUUCUACUCUGCAACAACCUAUGCGACAAACAACAAAGUUACCAGUUUCCUUGACAACUAAGUCUCUGAAAGAUAAUAGGACAGAAGGUAGAGCCUCAUUUCAUUUACCUAUGUGCAAAACGUAUUUGGCGUCAAAGAAACAAAAAGAUCGUUAG